AUGGACGUAGUUGAGACUUGUGGAGAAGGAAUUCUUUCUUCGGCAGGGCCUUCCGCCCAAUGUAGUUUGCCAUCAAUCGAUGAGGAAGUUGUGGGCUUUGAGAAAGAAGCAGAAAGUAUAAUGAAGAAAUUGAUUGGAGGAACAAAGGAGCUGGACGUUAUCUCAAUCUUUGGAAUGCCAGGAUUGGAGAGGACAUUGUUGAUUGAGAUUCUUAAACAAGCUACAGGUGGCAACUGUGAAAUCAAAGAGGACGAUGACAUAGCUGACAAGUUGCGGAAGACUCUAAUAGGCAGGAGAUACCUCAUCGUAUUAGAUGAUAUAUGGGAAGUCGAGGCAUGGGAAGAUUUGGGAUUAUGUUUCCCUAAGGGUGAAGAUGGAAGUAGAGUGAUGGUGACAACUCGAAUUGAAGAGGUGGCUAAGCAUCUUCAGCACAACGGUGAUCCUUAUUCUCUUAGAUUUCUUACAUUGAAAGAGAGUUGGGAAUUAUUGCAGAGGAAAGUAUUUCGAAGAGAGAGUUGUCCACCUGAUCUACUGGAAGCAGGGUUACAAGUGGCGGAACAUUGUAAGGGAUUGCCUCUUGUAAUAGUCUUGAUUGCCGGGAUUAUUGUGAAGAUGGCAAGGCAGGAGUCCUUGUGGUUUGAGGUUGCAAAUGACUUGAGUUCUCAUGCUUUAGGAGAGCAGAGCAUGAAGGUAAUACAAUCAAGUUAUGAGCAUUUAGAAGACCACUUAAAGCCUUGCCUUCUUUACAUGGGCUUGUUUCCAGAAGACUAUAAGAUUCCAGUGUCUGCUUUGCUGAAUUUGUGGAUAGCCGAAGAGUUUGUACUGAAUGUUGACACAGAGAAUUAUAUGGAAGAAGCAGCUAGAGUUUGCUUGAAUGAUCUGCUUAGCAGAAGCCUAGUAAUGGUCUCUAAAAGGAGACGUAAUGGUGACAUAAAAUACUGCAUACUUCAUGAUGUAGUGCGUGAGUUUUGCUCAGCAAAACUUAGAGAAGAAAAGUUUGUGCAGCUUAUAGUGCCAUACAAUCCAUAUAAACAUUUGUAUAAUAAGGAAUCGCGGUUAUGCACUUAUAUUCAUGAUGAUCUGGUGGAACAAUUAGAUCAUUGUGAAUAUCAGGUGGAUAAGAUUACAAUACACGAGUCCGAGGAAAGUACAAAGUGUUUUGGUCAGUGUUCUAAGUCGUCUUUGGAGUUCAUUGCUCAUCCAGAAUUUGAAACAUGGAAAAACCGAUCAAAUCCUUUACGUUUACUUGUUGAAUUAAAACUUGUUCGGGUGUUGCAUUUGAUGGAUGUGGAAACAAGUUCAUCAUGGGUUCCAACAGUAAAGCUGCUAACUCACUUGAGGUACCUUGCGCUUUAUGUCAAAGAUCAAUUUGAAUUCAAGUGGGUAUCACACCUACACGAUCUUCACACUCUAAAGGUUGCUUCAAGAAAGACAUUAUUCCCACGUUCGUCUGGUCUCUGGAAAAUGAACAAGUUAAGGCAUGUGAAUAUAAGAAAAUUUUUCUUGUUAUUGGAAAACGAGGAAGAAGAAUCUUCAGAAACUCUGCUGGAGAACCUGAAGACAUUUCGCAAUCUUCGUGUGCACGUGAAUGAUAGAAAUCCAAGGUUAUGGUGGAGGUUUCCGAAUUUAGAAGAGUUGGGUCUCAGCCUUGGAAGUUUACCCUGUCCUUCUUUGUUCCCCAUAUCGGAACUUCAUACACGCCUUCAAUCUCUUGACCUUGAAUGCCCAUGUAAGACUUAUCGCUACCCGCAUUCAGUUGGAUGGGAGAGCUACUUUGUCUUCCCUUCAAAUCUUAGGAAUUUGAGGAUUCAAUAA